GUCCUCUCUCCCUACUCCCAUGUUGAUUGAUGCAACACCACUCACGCACUCACUCACUCAGUUACACCUACACACACACACACAGAGGCAAGAAAGUCACGGCACACACACACAUACAGUGAUAUAUCAGGUAGUGAGUUGGCGUGCAUGGCAUCGUUGGCCCCCUCUUGCCCGCCCAGCAUGUAGGUAUCUGUGUUGUUUGGUUGGCCAUGGCUGUACAUCCAUCAGGUAAGCUAUCCUUUACAAACCUUUACAAAGUACAGCAAGGCAUCCAGAAUGAAGCAGCCGAAAUGACGAACCCGACAAACACUCGAUCCCAUCCAUGUGCAAACAAACAGGUGGGUAGGCAGCUGGGUACCAUGGGCUGGUUGGUGGCUAAAAGAGCGGGCAGACAGUGACACCGUCGCUCGACGAUCUGCUGUGUGUGUGUAUGUGAAUGCGUGUGCAGGCACUGCACAGCUAUGACACCCAUCUGUGUCGGUUAGGUGCGUCUCUCUCUGCUGACAGGUCGAUCCGACAAAACUAGGACGAGCUGACUCACGAGGGACUAGUUGUACGCAGGCAUAAAGUAUAUAUCACUGCACACACAGCACACAAUACACGCCACACCCUGACCUGCGUCAACCGACAGACAGGCAGACAGACGCGAUGGUCGGGGGUCAGGCCGCCUUCUCUCUCUCUCUCUCUCUCUCUCUCCCCCGCAAAAAUGGCUCAUUCCGCCAUUCCCGACUAGCCCGCCGAUUCACUCAUUGACUCAAUCAAAGCGACAAGUGUAUAAAGCAACCCACUAUGUAUCUGUCGAUGCCACCUCUAUGCAGUCAUGCAAAGGCAAACAAGAUCGAUCGAUGAACAUAAUUGAUUGAUAGGCAACGACCGACACUCACUCACUCACUCACACACUCCUCUCGCCCACCCCUCUUAUCUCCUCUCCCCCCUCAUGGACGCGUCCACACGUUCCAUCAUGCCAUUCUUUCAUGGAUCAAUCCGCUCCAUCGCCGACACAAAAGUGCCGCACUCGCUCGUUAAUUCGGCCCCGCUGCCGCAGCUGGCACCUCUCCUGCUCUCUCCCUGGGACUGAGCCGUGCCAUUAUUGCCACUGACCAACCCCGAUGGAAGUGACGGCAUUCGGUCGGGCAGCGACAGAUCAGGAGGGCCAUCGGUCCGCGGCCGGGGGACCGCUGGGGACGGCACGAACUCAUCCUCAUCUCCGUCUUGGUCUUUGCCGUCGGUUUGCUGCCUUACCGCCUCUUGGUCGCCAUCGCCGUCCAGUUCGUGUGGGAGAGAGAGCUGGUAUGGGUGCUGCUGGGAGUGGGCCGCCACUGCUGUCGGCAGCAUUCGAUAGGCACCUGCAUACAAAAGGAUCGAGCGAUGCGACACAUCUGCCAUCUACAGUUGUUUCUCGUGGGGUCACCUCACUCCUUCUCUGACUUACCCAUGUCGACCUCUCCAUCUGCCGCGCCACAGAGUGGCGUGCUGUGGUGCGACCAGUCCCCUCUCGAGUAAUACCCACCAUCACCGCCACGACCCCGCACCAGAGGCCUCUCCGGCCCGUUCGCAGGCGACAUCUCGAUGAACGACACCCCACUAGUGGCCAGCGACCCCGCAUCGACCUCCUGCGCCGACCCGACUGCCAGCAUGUUGCCACGGCAAUGGCCGUUGCUGUCGCCCUCGCCACCGUCCACCACACGAGAGAGCGCGUCAUGGGGCAGGGAGGUUGCGCGGGAGGGUGCGCUGGCGUCGUCUUCAUCGAACUCCUGCCCGUUGGUGAUGCUGCGUUGCGAGGGUGAGAUGGCCAUGAUGCCGAUGUCGGCUGCCGCCGUGUUGGCGAGGCACAUGCCACAGACGAGGGAGAGCCGGGUCGCGGCGGCGUGGGAUGACCUCAGGGAACGAGGGUCACGCUCUCUGACCUGGUAGGGUGAGAUCGAUGAGGCAUGGCACAUGUAAUGCAUUGAGUGCAUUCAGUGUUUCGUCUCACCAUGGCCGAUUCGAUGUUGAGGGCGUACGCCGCGUGGAAGCGGAUCAGCGUGGCCACACGGGCAGACAAUCCGCCGAUCACCUGAAAGAGGGAGUGAAGGCCGGGUGCACGGCCGAAACAGACAGAGGGUGGGUCCAUCAGAACACCCACCCACACGGUGCCCCUUCUCCCUUUCUCGUGGCUCACCUGUGCGGCCUCCUUGAGGCGUGCCUCGGUGGUGCUGCACGCCACACAUCCCCUGGCCGAUCCCGCCCCGCCGGUCUCCCACUGCAGGGCCUCGGCGCUCGAUGUCGUGCGGCGCGACGACACCUCCAUAUACCGCUGCAGAGCUGCCCGGGCGUCCCUGAACCAAACGGGAUGUGUCAAUCCAUGUGUGUGUGCGUAUGUAUCUUUCUUGCUCACUUGGGCACUGAGCCGACCAACACGUCUAACUCGUCCUUCAGCCGCCCUCUGCAAUCAAACAAAAAGCAGGGACGCAUUGAACGGCCGAGACCUGCUUCUGUCUGUCUGUGCGUGCCAGGCAGCCAGCCAGCCACUUACCUUUCGCUGUCCAUAUACUCCAUAUCCCUCACACGAGUCUGCAACGAUUCACAAAGACACGCAACGCCAACUUUUGCCCGCUGCUUUUCUUUAUCUGGUGGUCAGCAGCGCACCGCGCAGAAGGGGCAGUCCUCCGGCCGGAAGUCGCCUAUCUGGGACACAGCGAACGGCAGCCUCGAAGUUUUGAGUUGUGCCUCCUCCUCGGCGGACAAGGCGCCGCCCAUUGUAGACAGACAGAUGAAGGCAGGCCUCCUCACCACUGAACCUCUGCCCUCCCCUGCAGCGCACACACUAAGGUCUUUCACCCCUCUCGAGGCUAAGC